UUGAUAAUGUCGCCGACAUCGAUUGUGGUCGAACAGAAUCGAUUGUCGCUUAGUGAUAAUUUUUGCUCCUUUGUGGUAGUUAUUUUUCGUAGUUUUUUAGCUUUGCGCUAUUUAAUUUGAAUACUCUUCAAUCUUCACGAAAACGGCAUGGCGGAGGAAAAAACCCAGACCGAUUUGAACAAUAAUUCUCAGGCUGUAUUUCCCUAUCCAGGGAAAACAUCAUCAAAUGUCUGGAAUCAUUUUGGUUUCCACAAGCUAAAUAUUGAAGGACCCGCUACCCGUGAUAACUUGGACAUGGCUAAAGUUGUGUGCAAGCUUUGUGGUAAAGGAUAUGCAAAUAAAGGGAACACCACAAAUCUACAAGCUCACUUAGAUGCCACUCACAGGCAGUCUAUUGGAAUGAAGAAAAAUCUUGGGAUGCAGAAGCAACCAACAAUUUCAUUUCAAAGGCAAAUACCUAAGUUGUCAACAGAAAAACGGGACAAGACGGAUGAUUCAUUGUUGAAACUUCUGGUUGGGAAAGCUUUACCCCUGAGUUUAACUGAAAAUCAUUUCUUCAAAGAAUUUGUACAGGAAUUAAAUCCUGGAUACACUGUUCCAGGAAAAAAGGCUGUAAUGAGGGCUCUUGAAAAGAAAAAUGAAGAAAUGCACAACCGAGUAUUGACUGAUCUUAAAAAUGCUCAAGGUGUAAGUUUAACUCAUGAUGGCUGGACUAGCAUGAACACGGAAAGCUUUGAUACAGUGACUGCUCAUCUUAUUUCAGAAGACUGGGAAUUAAAAAGUAUGGUUUUGCAAACUAAAAAAAUUGAGGGUCAGCAUACAGGUGAAAAUAUUUCUAAAAACUUGCUUGAGACCACAAGUGCUUGGGGAAUCACUAAAGUGACAUCUAUAACAACUGAUAACGCAGCCAAUGAACAGAAAGCUGUUAAGUUACUUGAUUGGAAUAGAUUUGGAUGCUAUGGCCAUAGAAUUAAUCUUGUUGUGAAAAAAUCUUUAAACAUUCCUGAAGUUUCUUCACUGCUGAAGAAAGGCAGAAGACUGGUUACAUUUUUUCACCAGUCAUCAUCAGUGAAUGACCUUCUUAUGAUUAAACAAAAAGAUCCGUCUCACUGCAGAAAUCAAAAUGAUAUUGGACACAAGCUAAUAAUGGACUGUGUCACAAGGUGGAACAGUACCCUAUCUAUGUUAGAGCGGUUAAUCGAACAGAUGCCCUAUAUAACUGCCGUAGCAAAUGAUAUUAGUAUUUCCAAGUCGGCUGGAGUCACAAUUAAGUCAAAUUUGUUUACUUUUGAAGAACAGACCUUGGCCGAAAAACUUGUCCAAAUAUUAGAACCUUUUUUGAAGGCAACGCAGAUUCUUUGUGCACAGAAUAACCCGACAAUGCACAAAGUUAUUACAACAAAAAUGAAAAUUAUGAAAUUUAUUUCAAUUGCUGACAGUGAUGAUGACAUUAUCAGGGAUGUAAAAAGAAAAAUGAUUGAUGAAAUGAAUGCUCGUACUGAGACAGAGGAUUUUGCUUUGCUAGGAGCAGUUUUAAAUCCUGACACUAAAGGGCUACAAUUCCUUUGCCAAGAAGAAAAAGAUCAUGCCAUGGAAAUUCUCAAGGAACAGGUGAAAAAUGUAAAUCUGUCUGGUAAAAUAAAAAUUGAAAAGAUAGAAAUCAAUGAAGGUGAAAAUACUUUGCCACAGUUACCCAGUCUUCCAUCAGAAAAUGUCAUUAUUGAAAAUGAUUCAAAUAAAAGUAUUGUUGAAAGCCCAGCAAAGAAAAUGAAAAUUAUGUGCAGUGAUGCAAAGUGGUUGGAGGAUGUAAUUAUUAUUGGUGAAAGCCAGAAUACUGAUGAUGACAUUAUUGAAAAUAAAAUACAGAGAUAUUUAGACUCACAGCGGCAAAAUACUGACACUACUUUGACAUUACUUGAAUGGUGGAAAUGUAAUGAAUAUUUGUACCCAAGAUUAGCAAAAGUUGCAAGAAACAUUUUAGCUGUACCUGCAAGUUCGGUCCCCUCGGAAAGAGUCUUUAGUCUGGCAGGAAAUAUAGUUAAUAAGAAAAGAUCUAGAUUAAAUGCUGACAAUAUAGACAAAUUGAUUUUUUUAAAUAUGAAUAUGAAAAUGUAUUGGUAGUUGUAACUUGCUAGUAUUUGCAUGUAAGUAAACUGUGGCAGGAGUGAAGGAUUUGUAUUUUGUAAUAAUUUUGUUAAAUAGGCACUUAAAUAAAAACUUUAUUUUUGAUUAAAUAAGUAAAUGCUGGCAACAUGGACACAUUGAUUUUUCUGAAUAUGAUUAUGAAAAUCAUUACAUGUAUGUAAAGUGGUAAACUGUGUCUGAAGAAUUUGUAUUUUGUAAUAUGUUAAAUAGGCACUUAAAUGAAAACUUUAUUUUUGAUUAAAUAAGUAAAUGCUGGCAACAUGGCCACAUUGAUUUUUCUGAAUAUGAAUAUGAAAAUCUUUACAUGUAU